UUCUUCUUAUUGCAACUCUUUCUUGGGACUCAACCUCUCUUAAUGGAAUUCAUAUUAAUGAAUGUCAUAUAUCAUCUGAAAGCAAACAAUUAACUAUACAAAUAGCAGAAUUGUCUGGAGGAAAAGCUAGUAACUAUAUGGAACAUUAAAUAAAUGCUAUUCAAGACUUAGCAUCAACAUUCUUCCUUUAGUGGAAUACAACAACAUAUUAUACUUCAUAGAUUUGUUAACACAUUUCAGUCAACACUUGCUGACAGAGUACCCGUAAAUAAUUGCGUUAAUAGAGAACUGAGCAAUUUUUUUGGGAAGCAACUUUUAGCUCUCCAUUGCAAUGUUCACCCUCUUGAGGGAUUUGCAACAAAGGCGCGUACAUUGCUGCACCAAUAUGAUAACAACAUGGACAUCAAAAGUGAAAUUCAUGGUACAGAGGAUAGAGCUGCAAACUUACUUUAUGCGGUCUCAAAGUUAAGAUACAAAAUGAAAGCUGGGGACCCAACAGGCUUUAAGACAUUUUUGAUCAACAUUGGAUUCCGUCUGGGUACAAUAGCGCGUUAUGUUGGUAACAGGCUGCACAUUCUUUUCCACCUUGCAGGAACUGUGUACUGGAUGAAAGAUAAUCUGGUUAUGUUUUUAAAAAAGUAUUGCAAAGCUAAGCGACUUGGACUCGCCCUUCUUGCUGAUUUACAAAACCCAUAUAUUAUAUUAUACAAUUAA